CUUGGGACAGUCAGUCAAAGUGCCUCAUGUGAAAUGUGGUGACAGUGGGUACCUGAGGUGCCAGGUCCCCUGCCUCAUUCCCCAUGAAUGCUGUGGGAAGCCCCGAGGAGCAGGAGCUACAAAAGCUGGGGAAUGGAGCCUGGGACAACCCCACCUACAGCGGCCCCCCCUCCCCUCAAGGGACCCUCAGGAUCUGCACCAUCUCCAGUGCAGUGCCGCCUCAAUCCCAACCGAAGCAGCCUGAAGAUGGACCCCAGGAGAAAGCACACAGGACCCUGGUGUCCAGCUGCUGCCUUCGCAUCUGUCGUGGCAUCAGAGGACUUUGGGGAACGACCUUGACUGAAAACACAGCUGAGAACCGGGAGCUGUAUGUCAAGAUCACCCUGCGGGAGCUUUUGGUAUACAUCGUGUUCCUGGUGGACAUCUGUCUCUUGACCUACGGAAUGACCAGCUCCAGCGCCUAUUACUACACCAAAGUGAUGUCUGAGCUCUUCUUACAUUCCCCAUCAGACACGGGAAUCUCCUUCCAGGCCAUCAGCAGCAUGGAGGACUUCUGGGAGUUUGCCCAGGGCCCACUGCUGGACAGCUUGUAUUGGACCAAAUGGUACAACAACCAGAGCCUUGGCCGUGGCCCCCACUCCUUCAUCUACUAUGAGAACCUGCUGCUGGGGGUUCCAAGGCUGCGGCAGCUGCGGGUCCGCAAUGACUCCUGCGUGGUGCAUGAGGACUUCCGCGAGGACAUUCUGAGCUGCUACGAUGUCUACUCCCCAGACAAGGAAGAACAACUCCCCUUUGGGCCCCUCAAUGGCACAGCAUGGACCUACCACUCGCAGGAUGAGCUGGGAGGCUCCUCUCACUGGGGCCAGCUCACAAGCUACAGUGGAGGUGGCUACUACCUGGACUUUCCAGGAUCUCAACAGGCCUGUGCAGAGGCACUCAGGGACCUUCAGGAGGGCCUGUGGCUUGACAGGGGCACUCGGGUGGUCUUCAUCGACUUCUCAGUCUACAAUGCUAACAUCAAUCUUUUCUGUGUUCUGAGGCUGGUGGUGGAGUUUCCAGCUACAGGAGGUGCCAUCCCAUCCUGGCAAAUCCGCACGGUUAAGCUGAUCCGCUAUGUCAGCAACUGGGACUUCUUUAUUGUUGGCUGUGAGAUCACCUUCUGCAUCUUCGUCUUCUACUACAUAGUGGAGGAGAUCCUAGAGCUCCACAUCCACGGGCUUUGUUAUCUCAGCAGCAUCUGGAACAUUCUGGACCUGGUGGUCAUCUUGCUCUCCAUUAUGGCUGUGGGCUUCCACAUAUUCCGAACCCUCGAGGUGAAUCAGCUGAUGGAGAAGCUUCUACAGCAGCCAAACAUGUAUGCUGACUUCGAGUUCCUCGCCUUCUGGCAGACACAAUACAACAACAUGAACGCCGUCAACCUCUUCUUUGCCUGGAUCAAGAUAUUCAAGUACAUCAGCUUCAACAAGACCAUGACCCAGCUCUCCUCCACGCUGGCCCGCUGUGCCAAGGACAUCCUGGGCUUUGCUGUCAUGUUCUUCAUUGUGUUUUUCGCCUACGCCCAGCUGGGCUACCUGCUUUUCGGGACCCAAGUGGAAAACUUUAGCACUUUCGUCAAGUGCAUCUUCACUCAGUUCCGGAUCAUCCUUGGGGACUUUGACUACAAUGCUAUUGACAACGCCAACCGCAUCCUGGGACCUGUUUACUUUGUCACCUAUGUCUUCUUCGUCUUCUUCGUGCUCCUGAACAUGUUCCUGGCCAUCAUCAAUGACACAUACUCAGAGGUCAAGGAGGAGCUGGCUGGACAAAAGGAUGAGCUACAGCUUUCAGACCUCCUGAGACAGGGCUACAACAAGACCCUACAGAGGCUGCGUCUGAGGAAGGAGCAGGUUUCAGAUGUGCAGAAGGUCCUGCAGGCUGGGGAGCAGGAGAUCCAGUUCGAGGACUUCACCAACAGCUUGAAGGAGCUGGAGCACACAGAGCAUGAGAAGACCAAGCUCACGGCUGCCUUCACCAGGUUUGACCAAGAUGGGAAUGGCAUCCUAGAUGAGAAGGAGCAGAAAGAGAUGCGGCAGAACCUGAAGGGGGAGAGGGUGGCCAUCCAUGCUGAGCUGGAGAACCUGGGCUGGUCCAUUGUGAGGAGCCUACCAGGCGAGUCGAGUCCAAAGCAGGCUGCCAAAGCAGGUGGCUGGGUUUCGGGAGAAGAACUCUACACGCUCACAAGGAGAGUUUUGCGGCUGGAGACUGUCCUGGAAGGAGUCAUGACCCAGGUUGAUGCCAUGAGCUCGAAGCUGAUGAUGGUGGAGAGGAAGGGGUGGCUGGCUCCUCCUCCGGGAGCAGUGAGGGAACAAGGCAUUUGGGAGCACCUGCAGACAGCCUCAGCUGUGACUCCAGCCCCCUGGGGACUCUAGGGCGGGCAGGAGAGCAGUGGGGGAGGGGUCCUAAAGCGUCAGACAGCAUGUUCCUCUGUCACCGCCUCCCCAGAAGCUCCCCCAGCACACGCCCUCCACUUCUAGGGCAGUGGGUGCUACCACUGCUGCUGCCAAGCCCCACCCUGUGCCUGGCCUUUUGAACCAAGGUUUCUGUGUGUAGCUGUGUAGCUCUAUGAAAUAUUUCCUGCUGGGCCUCUCACCCCUGUGUGCUCUGAACUCUGCUGUGAUAAUUUUAAAGUCAAUAACAAUAAAGGAAAAAAGGGUAAUAACUUUCCUGAGCAU